AUGGGCGACGCAGCAGAUUCCUCCUCAUCCAAACCUCUCCGGAUCAUGAUCGUCGGCGACUCCAUCACCCAUGGCAGCGAAGGCGACUACACCUGGCGCUACCGCAUCUGGGAAUGGUUCCAAACCGCAGCAUCCUCUCAACCCAUCACUUUCGUCGGUCCCUACAUCGGCACCGGCCCUGCCGACGAAUACAAACCUCCACAACCGCCUCGAUUCCCCGACGAACCCGAGCCUCCACCCCGCGACUGCACCACAGGUGGCUACAACGAAUCCAUCCACGCCUCCUUCCAACGUGAACACUUCGCCCACACCGGCCGCGCAGUUUUCCAAGCCAAAGAUGCCAUCCAUGAACAAGUCACGAAUCUCAACCCGGACUUACUCCUCGUUCUCCUCGGCUUCAAUGACAUGGGAUGGGGCUUUUCCGACCACAUCGGAACUCUGGAAAAUACUCUCGCAUUCAUCGCCAACGCCCGGCUCGCGAAACCGGAUAUCUCCAUUGCGCUGUCGAAUGUGCCGCAACGGAGUCCUAUUCCCGGCCGAGAGGAUCUCGUUGACUGGACGACGAAGUAUAACAAUCUGCUCAAACACGCCAUCAAAGCCGAUCGCCUCGAUCACCUCUCCAAAUUCUCCCGCCUCGAACUCGUCGACGUCGCUUCCGUUUACGGUUGGAGUCCAGAUGAAUGCGCCGGAGCUUUCGACGGCCUCCACCCCAACGAACUCGGCGAAUUCCAAAUCGCAUCCGCUUUCAGCACCGUCCUCCACAAAUCCUUCAACAUCGGCACCGCACCCCUCUCCAUCCCUCGGUCAUCCAAAAUCCCCAAACGUCCCCUCCACACCCCCACCAACCCUGCUUGCACCGGCGUCCCCUGGGGCAUCCAUUUCUCCUGGGAUCCCGUGUACGGCUCUCGAGGCUACGACGUCCGAUCUCGAUGUGCAGGACAAGAAGAAUGGGAAGAGUCCCACCAUGGAGAAUGUGGGAUCGAUAAUACCUUCACACCCGCGGGCCAGGAAUGGGAGUUUCAAGUCCGCGCGAAGGUUGGAGUUGAAGAGAAAGACAAGUCGGAUUGGUCGGCCAUUGCGAAAGGGACAGCCACUCGCUCUACCGCUCCUCCGCCGGAGAAUAGAGAAGUCUUCUCCAGAGGAAAAGAUGGGAUUGAAGUCACUUUCACUCCCCUUCCCAAUGAUAGCAAGUUUGAAGUAGAGCGCUACGCAGUCAACUGGGUCGACGAGACAGCGGGUGGGUUUUUGGGUGGCCAGGGAGUGAGACUGGAGGACGGAGGGAGGUGCGUGGUGCAAGGAUUGGAAGUGGGACAUCGGUAUCAGGUUUGGAUUUCGACUUGGACGAAGAGGGAGGGUGGAGGGGUGUUUGGUGGAGCGGGGAAAGUUGUGGUGGGGAGUGGAGUCUUUUCGAGGCCAGAGGGGUUGAGUGGGGAUUUGGAACGUCUUUCGCUUGAGGGGGGGCGAUGAGGUAUGGGGUGGAGGUUGUGGGUGGAGGGUGAGGAGGUUCUGGGCCUUGAAAGAUGGCUAGGAGUGCGAGGGUGCUGUGAAGCGGAGUUGGAUUCGCUCGAUGGUGAGGGUCACGAUUCUGCCUCCAGACAUGGGACACAGAAUCUAUCGAGGGCCCGCGUGGAAGGGCUUGGAACCAAUAUCAACGAUGGCAUCACUCGAACAAUAUCAGCACGUCGGCAUGUCAUGCGACUGGAAAGCCACGCAUGUUCCACAUUCCUCGAUAAAGG